CCUGCAUUCUCGUGCCCAGUUCCCCUCCUCCCCCCCCCUUUUAGCCCCUCUGUUUCGCCCGCCUCCUCCCUCCCUCUCCCCCCGGUCCCCUUCUUCCCCCCUCUCCCCACACCCACCCCACCAUGCUCCAGUCCCGUGUGUUCUCGGGCAGGACGCUGGCUCUCAGCAGCCUUCGCGGUGUCCUCCAGCGGCCCGCCGGCCUUGGCCGCGCGCCUGCCGCCUGCCUCUCGCGCUCACUUUCGCUGUUGGCCUCGCGGUCCAACGACGAGACGACCCGGGCCCGGCCGGCGCCUCUUCCCCGGCUAGCUGGCCUGACUGGCCUGUCGCCUGCCUCGCACCCGGCCUAUCGGUUCUACUCCUCGACUCCUACCCCUCCCACUCCUCCGCCGUCGGACCCCACCCCGAAGGACAACGAGAAGGACACCCCGGCUGCGGCGCCGGCCGACGCUUCGCCGGAUCCCUCGAAGCCCGCUGCCACGCCCCCGGAAGCCUCGAAGGAGGACGCCCCCGUUGGCAAGGGCCGUGUCCGGCCCGGGCGCGUGAGCGAGGAGAACAUCCAGAGUGAGCUGAACCGCUUCAUGGAAAAGUCUCGCACGGACUUCGAAAAGAUGGCCCAGGACCCGGUGGAUCAGCCCUUCUGGAAGUACCUGGCCGGUGCCCUUGUCGCGUACCUGCUCUAUCGCUAUGUGUCCAAGCAGUCGCGCUAUUUGAAGAGCGACUGGGCUCACAUCAAGGAGGAGUACCUGCGCAAGGGCCUUGUCGAGUCGAUGGACGUCGACGUCAAUGGCCAGGUUGUGGUGUAUCUGAAGCCGGAGGCCUUCUCGGAGCUGCCGCCGGCUGAAGUGGCCGAGCCUGCGGCCGAGGGCACCGAGGGCGACACCACCACCGCGAUCUCCGCCCCCCCGCCCGUCAUCAAGCGCGACCUUCCCUACUACCCCACCUUCUUCACGCCGGAUGUGGCCACCCUGGAGAAGCUCCUGGUUGAGGAACAGGAUGCCCUGGGUGUCCCUGUCGACCAGCGUGUCAAGAUUCUCUACAACCACAAGUCCCAGAGCACGGCCGGGCUCGUGUCGUUGCUGCCCUACGCUCUGCUGAUUGGUUUCUUCAUCUACCUCUCGCGGUCGAUGCCUGCUGGUGGCGGCUCGCGCUUUGGCAUGUCCAAGAACCUGUCCAAGGUGUAUAACGUCACUACCAAGACCAAGACUCGCUUCUCGGAUGUUGCCGGCUGUGACGAGGCCAAGACUGAGAUCAUGGAAAUUGUCCAGUUCCUCAAGCACCCCCACCAGUAUGCCAAGCUCGGUGCAAAGAUUCCCCGCGGUGCCAUUCUCAGUGGCCCCCCGGGUACGGGUAAGACGCUCCUGGCCCGUGCCACUGCUGGCGAGGCCGGUGUGCCCUUCCUCUCGAUUUCCGGGUCGGAGUUCAAUGAGAUGUUCGUCGGCCUGGGGUCGGCCCGCGUGCGCGAUCUCUUCGAGCAGGCCCGUAAGCUGGCUCCUUCGAUCAUCUUCAUUGAUGAGAUUGAUGCCAUUGGCAAGAGCCGCUCCAAGGGCGGCUACGGUGGCGGCAACAGCGAGCGUGAGAACACCCUCAACCAGCUGCUGGUGGAGAUGGACGGCUUCAACACCGACACCCAUGUGAUUGUCCUUGCCGGCACCAACAUCCCCGAGGCUCUGGAUGAUGCGCUCAAGCGCCCGGGGCGCUUUGACCGGCAGAUCACCAUUGACCACCCGGAUCUGGUGGGCCGGCGGGAUGUCUUCCGCGUACAUCUCAAGCCACUGAAGCUGGAGAACCCCGAGCCCGAGGCGGUGGAGGAGCUGGCCAAGCUCCUUGCCACCCUGACUCCCUCCUUCUCCGGUGCCGAUGUCGCCAACGUAUGCAAUGAGGCGGCCCUGAUUGCGGCUCGGCACCAGGCUACCUCGGUGUCGCGUGCUCACUUUGAGCAGGCCAUCGAGCGUGUCAUCGGUGGCCUGGAGCGCCGCACGCGCAUCCUCUCUCCGGAGGAGCGUCGCACGGUGGCCUACCACGAGGCGGGCCACGCCGUGGUUGGCUGGUUCCUGGAGCAUGCGGACCCCCUGCUGAAGGUGUCGAUCGUGCCGCGCGGCUCGGCGGCUCUCGGCUACGCGCAGUACCUUCCGCAGGAGCGCGCCAUCAUGACCACGGCCCAAUUCCGUGACCGGGUGUGUGUCCUGCUGGCUGGUCGCGCCGCCGAGGAGGUCUUCUUUGGUCGCAUCACCACCGGUGCGCUGGAUGAUCUCCAGCGUGUGACCAAGAUCGUGGUCAACCAGGUGGCCAGCCUGGGCAUGAGCGAUGUGGUCGGCCAUCUCAGCCUCAGCACUCAGGAUGGCUCCCCUGGUGCGAAGCCCUACUCCGAGAAGACUGCUGCCUCGAUUGAUGAGGAGGUCCGCCGUCUGGUCAAGGAGUCCUACGAGGAUACGCUGGCCCUGCUGCGCGAGCAGAAGGACAAUGUCGAGCGUGUGGCCGAGCGCCUGCUCGAGCGUGAGGUUCUCGGCAAGGAGGACAUGGUGGAGCUGCUCGGCAAGCGGCCCUUCCCCGAGGUGGUUGGCUUUGACGACUUCAUCAAGAGCGGCUCCCUGCCCCUGGAUCCCCUGACCCCCGUGGGAAGCACGCCCCCUGCCGAGACCGAGAUCCCGGCCCCGGCUGUGGAGAAGACCGACAAGCCUGCCGAGUAAUGAAGAAGGACUCUCCCCGGUGCUGUCCCCCAGUGUCAGAAAGACCCUCCUCCGGCAUAUCUCCUAGUCGGGGCUUCCUCCGGACCGAGGGUGUGUGUGUGUGUGUGCGCCCCGCGUGAAUACCUCCCAUAGACGUCCCGUGCACUCCCCCUACCCCACCCCAUCCCACCCCACCAGCCUCCUCAAACGGGCGGAAGGAGCGACCGCCGCGGUGCGCUCAGCCGGCGAUGCACGCCCCUGCCACCACUUCACCCCGGCACCGCCCCGCUGCCGCCCUGUCGCCGCCUCCUCCGCGCCUCCUCCCCCCCCCUUCUUUUUUCUUCCUCCUCUCCUCCUCCUUUCCCUUGCCUGUGCCAGCGAGACCCCUAGAUCGGCCAUGUAUAUACCUACCUUCCCCUCCCCAAAUAAGACCCUGUAC